AUGUUUUACAGCCAUGAGAUUCUCACGUCGCCAGAGCAUGGCGUUGCUACGAUCUGGCUCGUGGCAACCCUUGGCUCGCGAUCAAUCGCUAGAAGAUUGAACCGGAAGACGAUACAGGAUGUGGAUGUCCCGGGUGCUUGUAGAGUCAUCAUCAACCCCGAAGCACCCAUGGCAUUGCGACUGCAGGGGAGUCUUCUCUACGGCGUCUCCAGAGUUUACGAUCAACAAUGCGGAUAUACUCUGCUCGACGCACAAACAACGCAUGAUAAAAUGAAUUCCAUGCUCAAGCUGAUACCGGGAGGCGGGUUGGAUCCCAACGCCGGCAAAGUAAAACCCGCGAGCCUCAUCUUGCCCUACGAUCCCACUUUUCUGCCUGAGACAGGCCUCCCUGGCAUCGACCUCAACCUGACCAUAUUCGAUAUCCAUAUUGACGACAACUCAAGUCUACAAUCUAGCGUCUGGACAAACUCGCCCACCACCAGCCAGUCUAGUCUCUCUCAGAUUGGUAAAUUACACCUUGACUUGCCCUCUGAUGAGUUUCUUAGAGAUGGCGAUGUGCAGAGCCCGGGCAUUGAGAUCAACACUGCAAGCAAGAAGCGAGGCCUGUUUGGAGGGGAAACGCAAGCAGACUUUGAAGACUCAGGUGUUCUCUUCGACCCAGACUUUCGAUUUGACGAGGACGGGAAUAUCGUUGAAUUUGAUGAUUCCAGGCUGUCUCCACGAAAGAGAAGAAAGUUCAAGGCUAAUCUACAAGGCAGCGAGGGACCCAAAACCGAACAAACUCGAGAUGAUGAGCUUCUGGAUCCGGCUGACGAGGCCGUCUUGAUUCCGGGAGAUGAAUCGACGGAAGUGAAUACUCUCAGACCACCACUACUCCAAGAGCAGAGUGCAUUGCCCGGGCUCGACCGUCUACUUGAAGAGGGAGAGGUUGACCGAGCUGAAGCUCGCGCCCAGCAUAAGGCAAAGCAGGUGAAGGUUAUUAAGCCUGAUGGAACCACCACACUGCGCAAUGCCGAAUUGGCACGGUGGAACGACGAUUACCUUACAAAUAUGGCACGAUCCCAGAAGCAGAAACAGCAAAAUAAACAGAUUUCGCUGGCCAAGAAGAAUGCCGCUUCGUGGGUCUUUGGCCUGGGCAUUGGAUCUGUGGGCAAGGGCAUUGGAACACACCAUGAGCUCCACCCGCUCAAAUUGUACUCAGGCAAGGACCUAUACAACGCUGUCUGCGGUAGAACCGAGAAAUCCAGACAGAAACGCAAACGGGACGAUGGCGAUGAGAGCAUGAUGGAUGAGCAAGAGAGCCGAUCUCGUGCUCGAAGUCAACAGCCAGAGAUGUUGGACGUGGAGCUGGGCCGACAAGCCCCGUCAAGCGCAUACGAUGACCGCUCUUCACAGAUGCCAUGGAACAUCACUGCCUCGAUUCAAGGCUCUGUUGGAGGCCAGCGCUUCGGGAGUGUCAGCGAGUCCUCGGUCCGGGGACAUGGUGAAUCGGCUGGUCUUCUCGGCACUCGAACACGCGGCCGUCUCACCAGCGCCAGUCCCCUGGCCGGACGUGGCUACCUAGACGGACACGAGCGACCCAGCAGCCUGUCCAUCCCAGGCAACAUGGUCGAUGACCUGGACGACUUGGAGCAGCUGGAUAUCACGCAGUACCUCGAGGGCGAGCUGGAACAUGACCAUGCCGACAUCAGCACGUUACCUGCGCGGCGCAAAUCCACCUUUGAUCGGAUCACGGCUACUCUCGAUCAGGAGAGCGUGAAUUUCCUCGAGUUUAUCAAGGCGAGAAUGCAGGAUAGCAUGACAGACGUGUCGGGACAGCUUUCUUUAUCAACUCUCCUGCCACCGGCGAAGACGACAAGGACAGUAGCGGCGCAUGGGUUCAUGAAUGUGUUGACGCUUGCCACGAAGGGCAUUUUGACCCUGUCACAGGCGCCUGGUCUGGACCGCGGCGCAGAUAGCUGGGGUAUUCGCUACGAGCAUGGUGAAGUGUCGCUGGGACUAGUUGGAAUGUGA